AUGGCUGAUCAUCACAAUCGUUGGUGGGCUGGGAAUGUGGCGGCGGCAGCUCCACAAGAAUCCGCCAUGGGACUCAUGGACCGCCUCGGAUCCGCCGCUCCAACCCGCCGACCCGACCCGCAGCAACAACUCCAACUCCACGGGCUAGUAGAAGAGCCGGAUGUCAGCAGCAGCAGGGAAAACCCAGAUUCCGGAGGCGGGAACGGCGGAGGAGGCGAAGGAAGCGGAGGCGGAAGCGGCGGCGGCGGACGAGCAGGGGGAGGGACGACGUCGAUUCGGAGACCGAGAGGGCGGCCGGCGGGGUCGAAGAACAAGCCGAAGCCUCCGGUGGUGAUAACGAAGGAAAGCCCCAACUCCCUCCGCAGCCACAUCCUCGAGGUCGGCUCCGGCAGCGACAUCGCCGAGAGCGUGGCCGGGUUCGCGCAGCGGCGCCACCGCGGGGUGUCGAUCCUGAGCGGGAACGGCGUCGUAACGAAUGUCACUCUGGGCCAGCCCGCGGCUGCCGGCGGGGUCAUCGCCCUCCACGGGAGCUUCGAGAUCUUGUCGCUGUCGGGCUCGUUCCUGCCCGCGCCGUCGCCGCCCGGGGCGGCGGGGCUGACCGUUUACCUGGCGGGCGGGCAGGGGCAGGUCGUGGGAGGGAGGGUCGUGGGCCCGCUGGUUGCUGCCGGCCCAGUUAUGGUCAUUGCGGCGACGUUUAGUAACGCGACCUACGAGCGGCUGCCGCUGGAUGAUCAGGAGGUGGGCCAUGGGCUUGGCCCAUCAGGCCCGGAUGGGCUGCAAUCGCAUCAUCAUCAGCAACAGGGGGAUCAGAAUGUAAACAACAAUAAUAACGGGAGUGGAGGGGAAGGGAAUGAGAAUUCAGGGGGUGGGUCUGGUUCGCCGGAAGGGAUGAGUAGUGCUACUGAUCAUCAUCACCAUCAACAGCAGCAGCAACAGCAGCAUGGGUCGAUUGGGUUCCCACCUCCGCCAAUUUACAAUUUGCCACCCAAUUUGCUAGGGAAUGGCCAAAUGCCGCAUGAAGUCUUCUGGGGUGCUCCGCGGCCUGCCAACUUCUGA